AUGGCGGAGGAGGGGAUGGCGAGUUACCUGUACACCGCCUACCACCCCUACUCCUACCGCUACCCGCCGCCCAAGGGCAAAGGGGGAGCGCCGUCGGCGGGCAAGACCCGCCUGCGCUUCCAGUUUCUGGAGCAGAAGUACGGGUACUACCACUGCAAGGCCUGCAACAUCCGCUGGGAGAGCGCCUACGUCUGGUGCGUCCAGGGCACCAACAAGGUCUAUUUUCGGCAGUUCUGCCGGACCUGCCAGAAGUCCUACAAUCCGUACCGUGUGGAGGAUAUCACCUGCCAGAGCUGCAAGCAGACGCGGUGCACCUGCCCCGUGAAGAUGCGCCACGUGGAUCCCAAGAGGCCCCACCGCCAGGACCUCUGUGGCAGAUGCAAAGGGAAACGCCUCUCCUGUGAUAGCACAUUCAGUUUCAAAUACAUCAUCUGA